GCGCAAGAGUGACGGAGCUCGGGCGAGCGGGAGGGGGUGUUUUGGUUCUCGCCGCUCGCCGUCCUUUCCAGACCUAGUUGUCGGAAAGCUGCUUGGUCCUGCUUUGCCUUUCCCUUCCCUUUCCUUUCCCAACCCGGAUUUUCCCUCCUGCCCUUUACGCGCCUUUCUUUGAUCGGCAGCCGCCCGGGGUCCGGGCCAUUUUCCGGGCCGGGCGCACGAAAGCGCGCGGCCCCGGGCCCGGUAUAUGACCCGCCGCCCUGCCGCCCCUCGCUUCCUCCACCCCAUGUGGCUGCGGGGCCACGGCGGCGCUGCCCACUAUGGCCCGGAAAGCAGUUAGCAGGAAGCGGAAAGCGCCUGCCUCGCCUGGAGCCGGGAGCGACGCUCAGGGCCCGCAGUUUGGCUGGGAUCACUCACUGCACAAACGGAAAAGGCUCCCCCCGGUGAAGAGAUCCUUAGUGUACUACCUGAAGAACCGGGAGGUCCGGCUGCAGAAUGAAACCAACUACUCUCGGGUGUUACAUAGUUACGCAGCUCAGCAGCUUCCCAGUCUCCUGAAGGAGAGAGAAUUUCACCUUGGGACCCUUAAUAAAGUGUUUGCUUCUCAGUGGUUGAAUCAUAGGCAAGUGGUGUGUGGCACAAAAUGCAACACGGUAAGUGUCAGGAGGACUUUUCUCUUGGGUCCGAGCGAGACAGCUCGAGCUUACUUCCGCAUGCCAGAGGAUGAGCCGGCUGAAGUCGGAAAUGCCCCGCCGGAAGGCUGGAUUCCUGUGGCCGCAGCUUGGCGGCAGCUAAACCGCCCUUGGCAGCGUCUCCGUGGUGACAUGCUGCGAUGUGCGGCUGCGCAAGAGUGA